CCAGAGCCCGGACAAGCAGCCGCAGAUGGUGGUGUUACGAGCUGACAGCUUGCCCUUCCUCACCCUGACCCUGCAGGUGAUUGCCGUGGUGAUGGAUGUAUUCACAGACAUCGACAUCUUCAGAGACCUGCAGGAAAUAUGUCGGAAACAGGGAGUUGCUGUAUACAUCCUUCUGGACCAAGCUCUGCUCUCUCAGUUUUUGGAUAUGUGUAUGGAUCUGAAAGUUCAUCCUGAACAAGAAAAGCUGAUGACAGUUCGGACUAUUACAGGAAAUAUCUACUAUGCAAGAUCAGGAACUAAAAUUGUUGGGAAGGUUCAUGAAAAGUUCACAUUGAUUGAUGGCAUUCGAGUGGCUACAGGCUCCUACAGUUUUACAUGGACAGAUGGCAAAUUAAAUAGCAGUAAUUUGGUCAUUCUGUCCGGCCAAGUGGUUGAACACUUUGAUCUGGAGUUCCGAAUCCUGUAUGCACAAUCAAAGCCCAUCAGCUCCAAACUCCUGUCCAGCUUCCAGAUCAACGGCAAGUUUGACCAUCUAGUUGACCGGAAACCAUUGUCCAAGGAGCUCACGUUGGGCAAUCUGCUGCGGCAGCGGCUGGCCAGGCUCUCAAGCACCCCCAAGAAGGCCGAGCUGCUGUGUGGGGCACCCACCAAGGGCAGGGCAGAGGCCAGGCGCCACGACUCUGAGUCUUCCACCAUCAGCGAGGAAGACUACUUUAACAGCCACAAGGAAGAACCAGAAGGUGGAAAGGUGACUGAUGCUGCCACUCAGACAGAGCCAGGAGAGGAGAUGCCAGUGGUGAGCGUGAGUGACUCGGGAACACAAACCAGCACCGCCAUAACUAGUGCUGGGACCCAAACCACAGUUGCCACCAGGGCAGCGAGCUCACAAACCAUGGUUCGGUUCAUGUCGGCCACCACCCAGACUGAUGUGGACGAGAAUGUUGUCUUUUCUCAGGGAAUCCAGUCUAAAGAAGGGUCACCUGUAUCAAAGAUGUCUGUCUCGAGAUCUUCCAGUUUGAAAUCAUACUCCUCGCUGUCUUCCCAAGGCUCUGUGGCAAGCUCCAUUGGCUCCCAGACUUCCAUCAGAACCACUGACCUCAUCCUUCCUGGACAUUCCAAGUAUUGGGGUACCCCCCACUUUGACUCAUUUAGAAACUUGAAUAAAGAGCGGCAGUUUCACUUUUCUGCCAUCAGGUCCCGGCUCCACCAUAUGCUGGCCAUGUUGUCAGGGAGAACAGUUCUUACUGAGAACUAUAUUGGCUUUAAUUCUGGAAAUUUUACCAGAGCACCAGUUAAUUUACUGGCUAUUCGAGAUAUUACACUCUAUCCCUCCUAUCAGUGACUGCUCAGUGUUCAGAGUCUCCUGGGUUCCUCCAGGCUUGCAAUAGACAUCAUCAGAGCAUCCUGCUCUGCAAAAUGUCUCCUGUCCCUAAUUGUUUUUCUUUUGCCUGACUUUUAGUCACCCUGAUUUUCUUUGAAUUCUAUAAACUGCACAUUAUUUUACAUGCUUUAAUUUUGUUUUUGUCAUAUAUAAACCGGCUAUUGGUUUUAUGGUUACAACACUAUGGGUACAGUUUCUUUGCACAUUUUUAACAUUGAUAUCUUUUAAAGAGGUAAAUUCUGGUAAGAGAUAAAAUAUGUUUUGCAUUUUCCUAGAUUUGUGUGUUCUUCUGUUUAAGAGCUUUGAAUCACUAGUUUUUAUGGUCAAAAUCCUGUUUAGAAUAAAUGGUUUCUUAAUUGUCUCUUCUUUAGGAUAUCUGUGUUCUUAGUAUUAACUAAAUAUAAACAACUUUUAUUUGGUGA